AUGCAGGCGACUGCAGCGCGUCUCUGCGGCACUUGCUGCCAGCAGCAGCAGCAGCGCUGCAGCAGCAGCAGCUGCAGCAGGAACAGGAGCACGCGUAUCAGCAGCAGCAAACUUUGGAAGAGCUGCUGCAGCAGCUUGCUGCUCCCGACUCUGUGGCCUAUGGGGCCCCCCAGCAGGGCCCCCUGCAGCACAGCAGCAGAGACUAUGCUGCACUCGUGCAUGCAGUUGCUGAAGAUGGGGAGCCUGAGGGGCUUGCGGCGCUUGCUGAUCUCUACCUUCACGGGAAUGCAGAGGGUGGACCGACACCGGGCUUUGGACCUGCUGCGGCAAGCAGCAGAAAGAGGAGAUGCGAAUGCUGCCUUAGCAGCAGCUCAUUUGCUGCUGGAGGGGCAGCCAACAGCAGCAGCAGCAGCUGCUGCUGCAGGCGCAGCCCAGCAGCAGCCCCAAGCAGGAGCAGCAGCCGGAGCUUCUGCGGGAGCAGCAAGAGCUCCAGCGGCAGCAGCAGCAGGACCUGCGGCGGUUGCUGCUAAUGAAGCAGCUGCUGCUGCUGGCCCUGGUGCUGUGGGCGCCGGUGCUGACCCAGGCGCUGGAUCCGCAGCAGCAACAGGCGCAGCAGCAGGAGCAGCAGCAGGAGGAGCAGCAGGAGGAGCAGCAGCAGCAGGAGGAGCAGCAGCAGCAGCAAACGCAGGGGGGGGGCUGCUGGGGCUGCUAAACGGAUUUCUUUCUAGCUGGGGCCUGCGGGAGGAGGAGCAGCAAAAGAAAGAAAAGGAGCAGCACCCAGCGGAGGCUCUUCUAGAGCAGGCAAGGCAGCUCAGAGGCAGCAGCAGCAGCAGCAGCAGCAGCAGCAGCAGGGAGCUCAAGAAGAGAAAGUCAUUGCUGAGGGCUCUGGCCCCGCGCCCCACACGGCGCGUUUUUUGGCCUGGCGUUAUGGGCUGGGAAGCCCUGCGCGCAGCAGCAGACUUGGGCGACAGCAACGCGCAGGUGCUGUACGCUGCAGCACACCUUGCUGCUCUGGGUCCCACAUCAGCAGCAGCAGCAGCAGCAGCAGCAGCAGCAGAGCCGGCGGGCGGCGUGUCCGGGUCGUCCGCAGCAGCAGCAGCAGCAGCAGCAGGAAGGGGCCAGCUGCUGGCAGCAGGCAACAUGACGGAAGCUCUCACAUACUUUUCAAAAGCUGCACUUGCUGGCCAUCCAGAAGCAGCUUACAGCUCCGGUUUGCUGCUGCUGCAGGGGGCUUCUCCCCACCACAAGAGCUCCAAGCAGCGCUGCAGCAUUGCUUUGAAGGUGCUGGAAAAGGUGGCGUUUCUGCACCGGCGGGUCAAUUUGCUGCAGGCCUUGUCGCUGCAUGCGCACCGGCAGGGCGACGUGUCUGGGGCUUUGCUGCUGCUGCUGCUGCUGUCGGAAACUGGCCAUUUAGCUGCUCACGUAACUGCUGCUGCACUGUGGGAGUCUGCAGCGCAGCAGCACCAGCAGCGGCAGCAGGCGGUGCAGCUGCUCAUGGACUCGCUGCUCCAGGCGGACCUUGCUGUUGCUGCUGCUGCCUCUGCUGCAGCAGCAGCAGAUGCGGCUCCAAGCGCCAACAGCACAGCAGCAGCAACAGCAACGGAAACAGCAGCAGAGGAAGCCUCCGGCGGCUCGGAUGCGCAGCCGCAGCACCAGCAGCAGCAGCAGCUUCCCGCCGAAGGGGCCGUGUCGCAGCAGCAGCAGCAGCCGCAGCAGCAGAAUGCAGAGGAGGACGGCGCAGCAGCAGCAUCAGCUGCUGCUGCUGCUGCUGCAGCAGCAGCAGCAGAUGCAGAAGAGGGUGCCCGCAGCCUGCUGCUGGCGCGUUACGCAGACCCGUCAGUGGCCCUGCCUGCGGAGGGCGAAGCAGCAGCAGCAGCAGCAGCAGCAGCAGCAGUGGAGGCCCACGUAGCAGCAGCAGGAGCAGACUGCCUGCUGCAGACUCGGGUGUCUCCACUUUCCCGAGCAGGAGUGCAGCAGCUGCAUGCACGAGGAGACCCUGGGGUGUCUGUACAGCUGCUGCUGGACGACGAGCGCGCGUGCGCGCCGCCCGCUGCUGCUGCUGCUGCUGCUGCUGCUGCUGCUCGCGCUGCUGCAGUUGCUGCGCGGCAGCAGCUGCAGCACCUCCGAGUCUCCGAAUUCCUCCGCUGCUGGCUCGUGUCUCCUAAAGCCCUCGAAACCCCACAAGCCCCAGCAGCAACGGCCUGCCGUUUUGCUGCUUACAGAAGAGCUGCGCUGCAGGGCGACGCCGCCUCCAUGGUCAGCCUGGCGGAGAUGUACGCUGCUGCAGCAGCAGAAUCUGCUGCUGCAAUCAAGGCUGCAGCAGCAGCAGCAGCAGCAGCGAAAGCGGCACCAGCAGCAGAAACUGCAGCAGGAGCGGUGUCAGGCCCUUCAGCGACGGAGGAGGCGCAGCCGGAGCAGCAGCAGCCGGAGCAGCAGCAGCUGCAGCAGCAUCAGCAGCAGCAGCAAGAGCAGCAGGCGCUGCGGGAAGCAGCAGAAACUGCUGCUGCUCUCAGCCGCUACUGGGCAGAAAGAGCAGCAGCAACAGGAGAUGGCAGGGGCCUCUACGCGCUGGCGAAGCUCAAAGAAGAUGGGAUUGGGGGGCCCCCCCAAAGAGAAGAAGCCAUAAAGGUGUAUUGGCAGCUGCUGAGCGAUGCUGCGCUGCCGCCCGGCAGCCGCGUUUUGGGUUUGUGGGGUUUUUGUCGCAGCUGUUUGUUGUGGCCUUUGGAUUUGCUGCUGCGUCUUUGGGGGCUGCUGCCCCCCAGCAGCAGCAGCAGCAGCAGCAGCAGCAGCGGCAGCGCUGCAGCCGUGGCAGACGACGCGCUGCAGCAGCAGCAGGAUGCUGACGCCCGCGCAGCCUCGCUCCUCCACCCUAUAGGGAUUGUCCUUUCGCUCUACCUUGCGCGAGAGGAACAAAGGCGCUUUUGGGCUCAGCUGCUGCUGGGGCUGCUGCUGCUUGCAGCAUGGGCCUUUUUAGCGAUACAGCUGGCGCUGCGCAUCCCCGAAAUGCGUGCUGCUGCUGCUGCUGCUGCAGCAGCGGACCAUGGCACUGCCGCUGCUGCUGCUACUUCCAACAAUUCACAGCAGCAGCAAGAGGUGAGGAAUGCUCCAACGGAAGACAGGACUGUCGCAGCUGCUGCUCCUGCUGCUGCUGCUGCUGCUGCUGCUGCUGAGCGCCAGGGAGAUGCCCCACCGAAGCCUACAGCAGCUGCAAAUACAGACGCAGCUGCUGCUGCUGCUAAGCGUCGAGCUUCUGCUGCUGCUGCAGCAGAAGCGCUUUCAGCUGCAGGCACAGCUGCCGCAGACAGCUCGACAGCAUCCGCAUCAGAGGCAGCAGAAUCAGCAGCACCUGCUGCUGCUGCCGCGGACGCAGCGCCGGCUGCUGCUGCUGCUGCUGCUGUUGCUGCACCGGCAACAGAAGCACGUGCAGCAGAUGCUGCAGCGCCUGGCGCCGCUGGAAGUCCGGUAGCCCCUAGUGGGGCAGCAGGAGAGCCAGCAACAGCAGCAGAAACAGCAGCAGCAGCAGCUGAUGCUGCUGCUGCUGCUGCAUUGUCUGGUGCUAGCUAG